CUCCUCUCCGUCGAUCGUCUCCCUCGUCUUUCCGGCUCACGGCCCCCCAAAUUAUGCGGUCUGCUUAGCAGUGGGUUCGGCCUCUCUGUUCUUCCUGGAUCACACCACGGCUUACUUUCUUAUCCUUUUCCUUUUCCUUUCUUCCUUUCUUCCUGUUCUCCUUUCUUCUUUCCACCCCUUCUUUCUUUUAACCCCAUAGCGUCAUUCUUUCUUCCGUUUUAUCUUUUGGUUUUGGGGACGCCGCCACCUUAUCUCGGUUCCUGCCUCGGCUCCGGUGAUCGCACCUGGGACAGGCUAAGCGUAGGGAGGUGUGACAUUCUUCUUUCACCUCCUCUCCUUUUCCCGCCUCUCCACUCCGUUCAAUCCCCCGCUCCACCCUUUCAGACUCGCCAUCGUAUCAAAUCGGGGCCUUUCGCUUCGCGCCGCUGAACAGCCUCACCAUGGCGCAACUCGAUACCCUCGAUCUGGUGGUCCUGGCGGUGCUUUUGGUGGGUAGCGUGGCCUACUUCACCAAGGGUACCUACUGGGCAGUUGCCAAAGACCCGUAUGCCUCUACCGGCCCCGCGAUGAACGGCGCCGCUAAGGCUGGCAAGACUCGGAACAUCAUUGAGAAGAUGGAAGAAACGGGCAAGAAUUGUGUUAUUUUCUACGGAUCGCAAACUGGAACCGCGGAGGACUACGCCUCCAGAUUGGCCAAGGAAGGAUCUCAGCGAUUCGGCCUCAAGACCAUGGUGGCUGACCUCGAGGAAUACGACUAUGAGAACCUGGACCAAUUCCCGGAGGACAAGGUUGCGUUUUUCGUGCUCGCCACCUACGGAGAGGGUGAGCCUACGGAUAAUGCUGUUGAGUUCUACCAGUUCUUCACCGGUGACGAUGUUGCUUUUGAGAGCGGCGCUUCCGCGGACGAGAAGCCUCUGUCCAAGCUGAAGUAUGUUGCUUUCGGUCUGGGUAACAACACUUAUGAGCACUACAACGCCAUGGUUCGUCAAGUCGAUGCUGCUUUCCAGAAGCUCGGCGCGCAGCGUAUUGGUUCAGCUGGUGAGGGUGAUGACGGUGCCGGUACAAUGGAAGAAGACUUCUUGGCCUGGAAGGAGCCCAUGUGGGCAGCACUGUCGGAGUCGAUGGAUCUGCAAGAGCGUGAAGCGGUUUACGAACCUGUUUUCUGCGUCACCGAAAACGAGUCCCUGAGCCCUGAGGACGAGACGGUCUAUCUUGGAGAGCCCACCCAGAGCCACCUUCAGGGUACUCCUAAAGGCCCGUAUUCUGCGCACAACCCCUUCAUCGCCCCUAUUGCCGAAUCUCGUGAGCUUUUCACCGUCAAGGAUCGCAACUGUCUGCACAUGGAAAUUAGCAUCGCUGGAAGUAACUUGUCCUACCAGACUGGUGACCACAUCGCUGUUUGGCCCACAAACGCUGGUGCCGAAGUGGAUCGGUUCCUUCAGGUCUUUGGUCUCGAGGGCAAGCGUGAUUCAGUCAUCAACAUCAAGGGUAUCGAUGUUACGGCCAAGGUCCUGAUCCCGACCCCGACCACGUACGAUGCCGCUGUUCGGUACUAUAUGGAAGUCUGCGCCCCUGUGUCCCGUCAGUUUGUAGCCACUCUGGCCGCGUUCGCUCCGGAUGAGGAAAGCAAGGCAGAGAUUGUGCGUCUGGGUAGCGACAAGGACUAUUUCCACGAGAAGGUCACCAACCAAUGCUUCAACAUCGCCCAGGCUCUUCAGAGCAUCACGUCCAAGCCUUUCUCUGCUGUUCCGUUCUCUCUGCUUAUUGAAGGCAUUACGAAGCUGCAGCCUCGCUACUACUCGAUCUCAUCGUCCUCCCUUGUCCAGAAGGACAAGAUCAGCAUCACGGCCGUUGUGGAAUCUGUUCGUCUGCCCGGUGCCUCUCACAUGGUGAAGGGUGUGACUACGAAUUAUCUCCUCGCGCUCAAGCAGAAGCAGAACGGCGAUCCCUCUCCUGACCCUCACGGCUUGACUUACUCCAUCACCGGUCCUCGGAACAAGUACGACGGUAUCCACGUUCCCGUGCAUGUUCGCCACUCGAACUUCAAGCUGCCCUCUGAUCCCUCUCGUCCCAUCAUCAUGGUUGGUCCUGGUACUGGUGUUGCUCCUUUCCGUGGUUUCAUUCAGGAACGUGCUGCUUUGGCGGCCAAGGGCGAGAAGGUUGGACCCACUGUUCUCUUCUUCGGUUGCCGCAAGAGCGACGAGGAUUUCUUGUACAAGGAUGAAUGGAAGACCUAUCAGGACCAGCUUGGAGACAACUUGAAGAUCAUCACUGCGUUCUCGCGUGAGGGUUCUCAGAAGGUCUACGUUCAGCACAGACUCCGCGAGCACUCCGAACUUGUCAGCGACCUUCUGAAGCAGAAAGCUACCUUCUAUGUCUGUGGUGACGCUGCAAACAUGGCUCGCGAGGUUAACCUUGUGCUUGGCCAGAUCAUUGCUGCGCAGCGUGGUCUGCCCGCUGAGAAGGGCGAAGAAAUGGUCAAGCACAUGCGUAGCAGCGGCAGCUACCAGGAAGAUGUGUGGUCAUAAUCUUUCAAUGCAUCGAAUUUUCUUUCUUGUCUAUCACGACGGCCUUUUCGAUCCAUUAUUUUAUUUCACGCCUAG